CACUUCUUCUGUGACGUGCCCCCCCUGCUCCGGCUGGCCUGUGCCAACACGGCUCUCAACGAGCUGGUCAUGUUCGGCAUCUGUGGUUUCAUCAUUGUGGGCACCACUCUGGUGGUCCUGGUCUCCUAUGGCUACAUCGCAGUGACCAUCCUCAGGAUGCGCUCAGGAUCUGGGCGGCACAAGCUCUUCUCCACCUGUGGCUCCCACCUGACAGCCGUGUCUCUGUUUUAUGGAACUGUGUUUGUGAUGUACGCCCAGCCAGGAGCCGUGGGGUCCAUGGAGCAGGGCAAGGUGGUCUCGGUCUUCUACACCCUGGUCAUCCCGAUGCUCAACCCCCUCAUCUACAGCCUGCGGAACAAGGACGUGAAGGACGCCCUGCGGAGGCUGGGACAGGUACACAGCCAGGCCCAGGAUGGUGUCCCCUGA